UUGUUGUGAAACACCGAAAGCAAAAGCCGGAAAAGAUGUCCUUUCCCGAUAAAGACGUUCGCGCAAAAUGUUGGACAGCUCGUGACGAAUACUGGGCCUGCCUGGACAAGCACGCACCGGACUACCAAUGCACAUCGCAACAGCCCGAACCGAAAGAGUGCCUCCAGUUACGAAAAUUGUACCAGCAAUCCUGCCCUGCCCAGUGGGUGAAGCAUUUCGAUCGCAAGCGAACCUACGACCAGUUUAAGCAAAAGAUGGCCAAAGGAUAUGAACCACUAAACGAAACCAAAUAGUGGUGCUGGGCGCGGAAGCACGUGUAUCAUACGGACAUUUCGA